AUGGGAAAUAUAGUAAGUGAGCAGAAAAGAAAGCCAUUGACCUUGCUGGAAUUAAGCACAAAAAUUGGAGAGUACAGAACCAUAAAUGAGGGAGACCCGGAAAUGGUAGAAGAUCCUGAUUUCCCUAAGAAUAUGAUGAACGAAGCAUUAAAUAAUAAUACUACGAUCGAUGGGAACUCUGUUCAGGGUACCUUUGUGUAUUACCCUAAUAAACGAAAACCUAAAAUGUGGAUAGGGAAUUAUAAGAUAUUAAACCCUGAAGAUAUUCUAUGUGCAAAUGUAGCAGAAAAAAUUGGAAUGACUGAAAUGGAAUGGAAGAAUUACAUUAAAAGGAAAAAAAGAGAACAGGAGGAUGAAAGUAAAGUAGUAGUAGAUCUUAAUUUUGAUUACCCUUUCAGAGAAGAAACAAAUUCAUUAAAAGAAAUUUUUAAGAAAGAAAAUAUCGAAUUUCCUUACAGAAAAAAUGAUAAUCUAGUACAACGUAGUGAUAGCGAAUUUAUAGGAAAUUCUCUACAUGUUAAUGAGGAAUAUGAAAAGCUAAAUGAUCAUGAUUCGUAUGUAUAUUCUCAUAAUAAGAAUUGCGUUACGAGUGGACAUGGGUUUUUUGAAGAUGUAUAUUAUGACAUGACUAGUGAAAAUGAGGGAGGAGAGGGAGAAGAAGUGAAAGAGAAAUACAUGAAAAAGGAGAAAGAAGUGAAAGAAGAGAAAUACAUGAAAAAGGAGAAAAACGAGAAAGAUGCAAAAGAACGAGUAGAGGAUAAGAACGAACUAUUGAACAACAGCUAUAUUAACAAAUUAAACAAGGAUAUUACAAAAUUCAACUUGGAACAAGAACAGAUUAUUCAGGAGAAACGUAAAGAUAUAUAUGCAUAUUCUAGCACUAACACAAGUCAUUUGAUUGUACCUCAAAAGAAUGGGUCUUUUUUAAUGAAAAAUGUAGACUCAAGAAAAUAUGAUAAAAAAAAUAUUAUUGAGGAAUUAAUAAAUGAAAACAAAAAUAAAAUAAACUCCAAAAUAUAUUCUCUAAAACAAAAAAAAAGAGAGCAGUAUGCAAACUUGUCUUCCCUUAGCACAAAGGAAAGUUUAGAGAUAAAGAAAUCUAGUAAUAAGGACAACAUAUCAAAAAAUAAGGUUUACCGUAGUAAAACUCUUGUAAAAUAA